GCGUUGGCGCUGCCUGCAUGAAUAUCUUCAACGCCUAUAUCGCUUUCUCUUUCUUCAUCGACUAAACUACACUGGGUCCUGUCUGAAGAGCUCCGACUUUCAGUUCGCUGUAAAACUGAAUAAGGGGCUGCCACUGGAUUAAUUUGCAUUUCGAACUUCUUUUUGUUUGUCAAAAGGAAAGGAAGCUUGUAAGUAGCGUGGUGUGAGAUGUUGAGGCUGAUAUUUUUGGCCGCUCUCGCGGGGUUGGCCAUGGCCAGUGAUGUGCUCGAAUUCACGGAUGACGAUUUCGAAAGCAAGAUUGGAGACCAUGAACUCAUUCUUGUGGAAUUUUUUGCUCCUUGGUGUGGCCAUUGUAAACGGCUAGCACCUGAGUAUGAGGCAGCUGCAACACGUCUGAAAGGCAUCGUCCCUCUGGCCAAGGUUGACUGCACAGCCAACAGCAACGCAUGUAGCAAAUAUGGUGUCAGUGGGUACCCAACGCUGAAGAUCUUCAGAGAUGGAGAGGAAUCUGGUCCCUAUGAUGGUCCCAGAAGUGCAGAUGGUAUUGUCAGCUUCCUUAAGAAGCAGGCUGGCCCAUCUUCUGUUCAGCUUCAUACUGAGGAAGACUUUCUGAAGUUUAUUGCAGACCAAGAUGCAAGUGUUAUCGGGUACUUUGCUGAUGACAAGAGCACAGCACAGGCAGAGUUCAUGAAGGCAGCAAGUGCCUUGAGGGACAACUACCGCUUCGCCCAAACCAAUUCUGAAGCUCUCCUCCAGGGCCAGGGCAUUGACGGAGAGGGAAUUGUCUUGUUCCGUCCACCGCGACUCAGCAACAAGUUUGAAGACAGCUUUGUCAAAUUCACAGAAGACCAAUUCACCAGUAGCAAAAUCAAGAAGUUCAUCCAGGACAACAUCCUUGGAAUCUGCCCCCACAUGACGGAUGACAACAAAGACCAGCUGAGGGGAAAAGACCUGCUGGUGGCUUAUUUUGAUGUCGACUAUGACAAAAACCCCAAGGGCUCCAACUAUUGGAGGAACAGGGUGAUGAAGGUGGCAAAGAGCUUCCUGGAUCAGGGCAAGAAGCUGAGUUUCGCCGUGGCCAACAGGAAUGCGUUCAGCCACGAUCUGUCUGAGUUCGGCCUUGACAGCAGCUCAGGAGACCUGCCUGUGGUGGCCAUCCGCACCGCCAAGGGAGACAAAUACGUCAUGACUGAGGAGUUCUCUCGUGAUGGACAAGCUCUGGAGCGUUUCCUGCAGGACUAUUUUGAUGGCAGUUUGAAGCGCUAUCUCAAAUCAGAGCCCAUCCCCAAGAGUAACGAUGAACCUGUCAAGGUCGUUGUGGCUGAGAACUUUGACUCCAUCGUCAACGAAGACGGCAAAGACGUGCUGAUCGAGUUCUAUGCUCCAUGGUGUGGGCACUGCAAGAACCUGGAGCCAAAAUACAAAGAGCUAGCAGAGAAGCUGUCCAAUGAUCCCAAUGUCGUGAUUGCCAAGAUGGACGCCACAGCUAACGAUGUGCCAUCUCCAUAUGAAGUCAGCGGCUUCCCCACAAUCUACUUUUCCCCAGCUGGACAUAAGACGAGCCCAAAGAAAUAUGAGGGAGGUCGUGAGGUGAGCGACUUCAUCUCCUACCUGAAGAAGGAGGCUUCCAACCCCUUGGUGGUGCAGGAGGAGUCCAAGAAGAAGAAGAAGAAGAAGGAUGAAGAGAAGUCAGAGCUAUAAGAGCACCAAACAGAAACUCAAGGAUUGGGGAAAUCUUUGCAGAGAAAGAACUAAAUUAUAUUCCACUCUUAGAGAACUACCGAAUGCUCUGAAGCCAAGUCGAAAAGACGUGGCCCUCCCUUUAGGUCCUCCGCUGCUCUGGGGAAACUGUGGAAGUGGAGAGGUGGUGGUCAGGGCCUGCUCAAUGUCUCAAAACAAAUUUUUAGGGAAGGGGGACAGCUUUUAAAAAAUUAUUUCCCCUGGUCUGUCUUCUACACACUUUGGUUUGACUCCAGUCAUCUGUCACUUUGGGUUUUGUUGUUGUCGUUGUCACAGGGGAUAAUGGUGAAUCCUUUUUUUUUUUUUUUUUUUGUUCUUU